AUGGCUCAAACCGCUUUAACCGAAGGAGUCAGUGUCCUUCCUUCGAUCCUUCCUCUCCCGCCUCUCAUCUUUCUCAUCCUCAAGCAUCUCAAAGCAAAGUCUCCAUCACUUCCACCGGGUCCAUAUCCAUGGCCACUCAUAGGCAACGUUCACCAGAUAGGGAAACAACGCCAUAUUGCUAUGAUCGACUUUGCACGAUCGUAUGUUCCACUCUUCUCGCUAAGACUAGGAACUCAAACUUUGGUCGUGGGAUCAUCAGCUGCCGCUGCCAGAGAAAUUCUCAACUCCUAUGACCACAUUUUAUGUGCCCGAUGUGUUCCUCGAGUGAUACCAUGCAGAAUAACUGGUUUGAACGGGUUCGCAGUAGGGUGGUCUCCCGAGUGUGAUGACAGGUGGAAGUAUUUGCGCACAAUGUGUCGAACUCAACUUUUCUCAGGCAAAGCAAUAGAGUCACAAGCAUGCUUGCGAGAGAAAAAGCUGAUGGAGGUGGUUAUGUUUUUGAGUUCAAUGGAGGAUCUUGUUACUUUCGAGGAUGAGAAAGCGUUAGCAAUGAUGGGAGAAAUUUUCAAAACGAUCUUGGAGGUGACGUCUACUCCAAAUUUAUCUGACUACUAUCCAAUUCUUAGAGGGUUGGAUCUUCAAAGACUGCAGAAGAGGUCCAUCAUUUCCUUUGUGAAGUUUUGUAGUAUACUGAAGCCUAUCAUUAAAGAAAGAAGAGAAAGAAAAGGCGGCCAUGCUACUAGCCAACAAGAUUUUCUUGAUACUCUGAUAAGCGAUGGUUUUACAGAUGAUCAGAUCAACAUUUUACUUGUGGAGCUACUCGUUGCUGGUACAGACUCUAGUAGUGUAACCGUUGAGUGGGCAAUGGCAGAGUUGAUAAGAAGUCCAGAAUCCUUGAAGAAAAUCCGUGAAGAACUCACCACAGAGAUCAACCAAAACAUGCUGAAAGAUUCCGAUCUACGGAAGCUACCAUACCUUCAAGCUUGCCUCAAGGAAACCCUGAGGCUGCACCCGCCUGGACCUUUUCUCCUUCCUCACCGCGCUGUCGAAUCAUGCAAAGUAAUGAACUAUACCAUUCCAAAAGAUGCUCAAGUACUAGUAAACGCCUGGGCCAUUGGAAGAGACCCCAUGAGUUGGGAAGACCCUUUAGUAUUCAAACCAGAGCGUUUCUUGAACUCAACUGUGGAUUUUCAAGGGAAUAAUUUUGAAUUUAUACCCUUUAGUUCACGAAGGAGAAUCUGCCCUGGACUUCCCAUGGCGGUAAAACUGAUUCCCUUGGUUCUGGCUUCCUGGAUUCAUUUCUUCGAUUGGUCUCUUCCGAAUGGGGGUGAUCCUAAAGAUAUAGACAUGAGUGAAAAGUAUAGUGCCAAUAUACGGAAGGAACAGCCUCUACUUCUCAUUCCUAAAGGCAGAAAAUGA